AUGUCGGAUUCAGAAUCGAACUCUUCAGCUGUACCCAAGGAUGUACAACGUAAACGCAAACGAUCCGUAGAUUUCCAAGAUGGUCGCGAGUCGCGCGCCAAUCCUGCCCCAAGAGAGUAUAUCGACAUGACCGAAUCUUGCUCUACAGUUGCGCCUGGGCAGAAUCCGACGUCGAGCCAGCUCGACUCGCAACUACAAGACUCGCAAUCUCAACAGCUCCGAUCUUUGAGCGCUUCCGAUUACGUGGCUUCCACGCGAGCCGAAGAUGCUCCGAGUUUGUGCGCACCAGGCACCGAUACCUCCUCCAGCUUGAGACCGCUGCCGUCCAUCUCGACGCGCGUCUUUGAGCCUUACUUGGACGACACCACAGGCAUGGAUCUCGAAGUAGCCGAAUCGGGUGUAUCUCGCGAUCGUGCGCGAGCUGAGCCUGGCCAAGUCGAGCGAUCUUCACCCGUCGAGUCGUUUUCGCCUGCUGAAGAGGUGCAGUCAACCAGGAAUGCCUGCGACGUUCCGCGUAUCGGUACGUGGAUCCUGCCUGAAUUGACAGCAGAGAACAGCAACCCAAACAUGCCCGACUAUUCAAGUCAACACGUGCUCGGACAGAUACCCCUGGACAUGGAUGUGGAUCAGCGGUACGACCUCGACGAUCUGUAUGGCGAGUCGGCAGCUUCUCAACUCUCGCCUUCGCUACUUAACACAAGACUCUCUCGAACACAGCAAGUGCACCGUCAAGGUGCAGGCGGAUCUUCUGUUGCAGCUUCAGUGAUUGCGGGUGCUACUUCUCCGAUCCAGUCCACGCCGGCUUUUGCUUCGGAUGCUGCUGCCAGCGUUGCUGCGACUCGUCCGCCUCCGGAUGCACAGUCUGACGCGCUACUCCCGAGCCAGCCCAUCGCGUCGCAGCAACAAGAGUCUCGUUCUGCAACACCGGCUCUUCCGCCAACUACAAACACGACAAUGCAUGAGCCGGCACCGCGAUCCACUGGCGCAACUGGCACAAGCGAUGCAUCUCGCACGUUGUCGUCGAGCGUCUCGAUAGGCUGGUCCGCGCUUCCUCGAGCUGAGAUCGUCGAACUGGUGCACGAAUCCACGCAGAUUCCUGGAUUCCUCAAGGACGAAAUCGAACGGUUUGUGUUGCGCGCCGAUCGCGCUUCGUCUCCCAAGUCAUCCGCGCCGCCGCAGCGUGGAUCGCCGCGAAGACGGUUUCAGUCGCAGUCACAGAACAGCAGCAACAACAAUGACGACUCGGAAACGCAGGAAGACGGUUUGCUGCGCACCAAGAAAGUGUGGUGUAUGGAUCUGCUCGUGUUUGCGCCAUCCGGCUCAAGAUCAACUGCAGCGGGCGGUGGGGUUUCGGCGAUCACGUCGGAUGUUGUGCGCAAAUUGACGCAGCAGACACAGGCAUCGCAGGCUUGCUCGUCUGGAUCGGGCGUCUCUCAACGCGGUGCAGUCGCGAUCUUGCUGCUACUCGAUACGGUCAAUAUGACGUUUGAUGUGCAUGAGCUGGAAGAGAGUCUGGCGAGUGUUUUGCGGAAUGACCGAAGAUACAGUGUUGGUUUCGACGUCAAUGGACGCAGGUGGAAUGCUGAACAAGGCACAGACACAUGUGGGCGUGCAGGUACGCUUGUCGAUGCUACUCGGCAGGGGGACCAGGACGAACUGGAAGAGACACGCGUCGAGAUUGUACGGCUGCAAUCAGCGCUCGAAUCGGCGUCGCGCGAGAUCGAGACACUGUCCGAGACGCAAACCACGUUGAAAAAGGAGCUCGCGGAAUCGCAAUCGCAACACGACUUUGUACGUUCGCUCUACGAGCGUGCUUCAGCAUCGGCGCUGAGCGCACAGGCAUCUGCGUCGGCUGCGCACGAGAGGGUACGCAGCUUGCAAGCACAGUUGGAUGACGGUCUGGCUCUGCACAGGUCCAUGCUGGAGCUUGGCAUCGAAACGUGGAAGAACAAGCUGCAACGCUUGGAGGCGCAGAGUGCAUUGGCGCACAAACAGCAGCAGCACCACUUGGCCGACGCAGCCGAGAUCAGGAAAAAAGCGGCACUCUGGGAUGCGCACCAGGCGCACGAGAGCGAGUUGGAGCGACACAGACAGCAACGUAUCCGACUGCAUGAUGAAAAGCAACGCAUGAGACAAGAUGCCUCGCAAGCGAUUCGGCGAGCAGCAGCCACCGGCGGCGAUCGUGAUGGUGAUGGUGGUGGUGAUGGUGACAGUGGUGGUGGCGGACCAUUCGCGCCGCCGCCGGUACCGGUACCAGGUGAGCGAGAACCCAGCCCGAUGGACGAGCUGGACGAGCUGGCAGCUUUGGCGAGAGAAGCAGCCGAAGCGGGCGAUACGCUGAUCAUCCAAGAUACGGCUAGUGCGGGUGGAUCUAGACGCACACGUCGUGCGCGAGGUACGACGGAUGCGGGUGCAACGCAAGGAGCGCAGCGCAAGCUGGGACUGCGAAAUGCGUCGAAUCGAGCGCCUCCUUACUCGGGCGUGCAAAUGGCGGCGCAGGUGGAAGCUGCCAAGCUGUCGUCAGCGAAUGCACUCGACGAUUCGCGCCAGGAGUUGGAGGAUCAAUUUGCCAUGUUUGACGCCACUCCAAGCGCGCAAGAUGAACAAAGUGGCGUUGGUGCUGCGACGGUGAUGAUGCGCGAUUUCGACGCUGCACCAAGCACGAGUUUGUUUUCGACCGAUGAUCUGUUCGAGCAGGUCACAGCGCACACACACGAGCGAGCGCGCGAUUUCGAUGCCAGCGCUCUCGAUUCACGCCACCUCGAGGUCGACGUGGAACCAACCGCGCAAGCUCAUCAUGGCGACAUGCCAGCAUGGGACGAAUCGUCGACCAGCAUCCCUCUGCCACCUAGCUUUACCCAAGGAUCCAUGCUGCUGCUCGAUACCGAGCCACAGUCACCACCAGCUCUUGCUUCCUCCGCCUCCACCAUAACGCGCCCAGAGACAAGCGCAACCGGUCAAGCAUCCACGGCGUCACAGCCCUUUCAGCCUCAUACACAGGCUUGA